CCGAGCAACCAGGUGUCCAGGUAGCAACCCCGAAUGGUCAAUUUUACCCCACCAUCCCCCCGCUGCCCGCCACACCUGGGACCCCGCGCUCCCUCGCCGCAACAGAUCCCGCCGCAGCCUCGCGGCGGCGCGCCGGCACCCCCUUCUCCGCCGACGCGCCCCGGCGGCCCGCGUCCCCGGACGCUCUCCACCCCCAGCCGAGCUCGCCGUCCGAUGCGCCGCGCCAAUGCCCGCGUCGAGCUGCGCGAACAAACCCUAGCUCCUCCAACCCCCGCACCCAAGAUGGUCGCCCAGCGGCAACGCUCCAGCUCCUGCCGCAGCCGCCGACAUCUCGCUGGCGCUCUCGGCCUCCUCGCGGCGGCGGCCUUGGCGCUUCUCCUCCUGCAGCCCCGGUCGCCACCCCUAAGCUACGGCGUCAUCAUCGACGCCGGCAGCACCGGGAGCCGCGUCCACGUCAUCGCCUACCGCGCGGGGGCGCUCCCGCGGCUGGACUGGACGGGCACGGCGUCUCUGAAGGCGACCCCAGGGUUGUCGUCCUUCGCAGCCGACCCCCACAGCGCGGGCCUGUCGAUCGCGCCGCUGGUGGAGUUCGCGCGGCGCCGUGUGCCGCGGGAUAGUUGGGUGGAUACUGAGGUGCGGCUCAUGGCCACGGCUGGGCUCCGGUUGCUUGAUGCCGUGGCGGCCGAUGCCGUCUUGGAGUCAUGCAGGGAGGUGCUUCGUGAGUCACGGUUCCGGUUCCAGGAUGAAUGGGCCACCGUGAUCUCAGGAGCUGAGGAAGGGAUUUAUGCAUGGGUUGCGGCAAAUUAUGCAUUGGGUACCCUGGGUGGUGGGAAUCAAGAUACUACUGGGAUAAUUGAGCUUGGUGGGGCUUCUAUUCAGGUAACGUUUGUCACCAAGGAGCCAAUGCCUCCGGAGUUCUCCCACAUUCUUACGUUUGGCGAUAUCACAUAUAAUCUGUACAGCCACAGUUUUCUACAUCUUGGUCAGAAUGUGGCAUAUGAAUCACUCCAUGACCUUCUGAGCACAAAAGGCCUUAAAUCAAUGGCCACACAUUUAAUUCAUCAAGCUACAUACAGAGAUCCUUGCACUCCAAGGGGAUUUUCGCGCAUGGCAGGAUCUGUUAAACUUCCUGUUAGUGUUCUUGAGUCAAAGGCUGAGUACAGACCUUUUGCUCAUGCUGUUGGUAACUUCUCUGAGUGUAGAUCGGCAGUAAGAACACUAUUGCAGAAAGGACAAGAGGAAUGUACAUAUCAUGAUUGCCGUCUGGGUGCAGCAUUUGUACCAGAUAUGGAAGGGAAAUUUAUUGCAACCGAGAAUUUCUACCAUACCUCAAAGUUCUUUGGACUACGUUCGAAGUCCUUUCUUUCUGAUCUGAUGCUAGCUGGGGAGCAAUUUUGCCACGGGGACUGGUCAAAUAUAAAAAAGAAGUACCGCUCUUUCAAUGAAGGGGAACUGCUCCUUUUUUGCUUCUCAUCAGCGUAUAUUGUGGCCUUACUGCAUGAUACUCUGAAAGUGCCAAUGGAUCACAAGAGCAUUGAUGUUACGAAUCAAAUCGGGGGUGUGCCUGUUGACUGGGCAUUGGGCGCCUUCAUUGUGCAGAAGACACCAAACCGGACAGAGUACUCAGAUCCAUCAGUUUCAUAUCUAAACAACUAUGACUCUUCUGGGUUGGCGCCACUUAUCUUCAUUGCCAUGGUUGUAUUUACAGUGUUCUCCAUCCUGAAGUGGAGAAGACCUCGCCUGAAGACAAUAUACGACAUGGAGAAAGGCCGGUACAUCAUAACAAGGGUCAACCGAUGAGCCUUGCGCCUCGUCGCUGGGAGUUGGUUGAGUUCUUGCGAUGGGGCUCCAGUGACCGUGUUUGUAAAUUUUCCUAAUUGUUUUUUAUUGGCAGCCAUUGUAUGGUUCGACAGCUUGCCUCUCUGUAUAGGACCGAGUGUAGGCAGCCCUUUUUGUGUAUUAUGUGACGAGUUGGGUUGCUGCAGCCUGCAGUACUCGUGGGCGUAGAUCAAUGCUGUAUAGACUAGUGGUUCCAAAGUACUGCUGAUGUAAUAACCAUCUUGUUUGUGCUUUCGAGAUCUGCAGAGAUGGUGACGAACACAGUGCCGUGUUAAGGCCCAUCCUGUGCUUUGCUGCAAAUUAAUUUA